AUGCCUGUAUUGCCAAAUGAAUACUCGAUAAGAAGGGUGAAACCUAGCGACUACGAGGGAAUAGUCGAAACACUAAGGGUUUUGACAGUUGUUGGCGACGUGACUAAGGAACAGUUCGAGGAAACAGUCGCCUACUGGAAUGAGGUUACCGUGAAAUCUAAGGGAGAGCCCAUCAAAGCCUACAACCCACAUGUUAUCACUGAUGGCUCUGGGAAAGUUGUUGCCACAGGAACUGUCUUCAUUGAGAGGAAGAUACUACACGACUGCGGGCUUGUAGGCCACAUCGAGGAUAUCGCGGUAGCAAAGGAUCAGCAGGGCAAGAAACUAGGCCAGCUAUUGAUAGAGCAUUUGACGGAGCUUGCGCUUUCCCGCGGCUGCUACAAAGUGAUUCUCGAUUGUGACGAAAAGAAUGUGGGCUUCUACCAAAAGUGUGGUUACAGCAUAAAGGGCGUAGAGAUGGACCGUCGGUCCUGA